CUUGGGUAAUGAAUCCUGCUCGCAUCAGCUAAUGAUUACGCAAAUCGACAAUUUGUCUCGAAUGCGCUGGCCUCAUGAGCAAAAGAAUGCUCAGCGUAGUCCUACCCCACGGGGCUCUAUAGACCGUGUUGACGAGUUCGCAUUGUCCAUAUAAUUGAGGAACGGUCGAACUUGAGCUGAGUUCUUUCUCUCCUCAUCUUCAACUUUGAAUAUUCACAUCAUCCUCCCUUUGUCGAGUAUUGCCUCAUCUCCUGCAAUCUCUACAUCCUUUCAUAAUAUUCACAAUGACAUCCUUCCUAAGUUACUUCAACCGCAGAGAUAGCGGAAACACGACAAAACCUGCCGAGGACAAGCAGCCCGUUAGAGCUCUCCCUGCAUCAUGGUACACCUCUGCCGACAUGUACGAGCUUGAACGCCGUGCCAUCUUCUCCAAGCGCUGGUUGCUCAUCACACACAAACUCCGUCUCACCAAGCCUGGUGACUUCCUCCGCUACGAUGUAGCAGGUUUCCAGUUCGUCCUUGCCCGUGACCGUCAGGACAACAUCAACGGCUUCCACAACAUUUGCCGGCACAGAGCAUAUCCCGUGGUCGAGAAGCAGGAAGGCUCAGCACGCAUCUUCGCUUGCAGAUACCAUGGUUGGUCGUACGGCCUGAACGGAAAGCUCGCAAAGGCACCAAACUACCAGGAGCUUGAGGGAUUCGAGAAGGAGAAGAACGGUCUUUUGCCCAUCCACGUGCACGUUGACAAGAACGGUUUCGUCUGGGUGAACAUGGACGCGAAAGAGGAGCCAGAGAUUGCCUGGGAAGACAACUUCGAUGGUGUCGAUGUCCAGGAGCGUUAUCAGCAGUUUGACUUCGAAAACUACCAGUUCGACCACAAAUGGGAGAUGGACGGUCCUUACAACUGGAAGAUUUUGGCCGAUAACUACAACGAGUGUUACCACUGCCCGACGACACACCCCGACAUUCCUGCUCUGGCCGAUCUAGAAGCAUACUAUGUCAACACUACCGCAAACCACAUUCAGCACGAGGUCGCAAGUAGGCCGGAUCAGGUUGCCGCUGGCUUGACAGUGGUGCCGACAUACUACUUCCCCAACGCUUCUGUUAACGCGACGUAAGUUCCUGUUAUAUUGAAGCCUGCUGUCGAAUUCAAUCUGACAAACCAUCCAGACCAAACUUCUUCUUCAUGCAGCG